AGUAGACAGAGGCGGAGGAGAGGCCCGUAGCCCGCCCGUAGCCAGUAGCCAUCUCCAUCCAGGCUCAAACCCUAGGGAAUCUACCCAGAAAUCCCACCCCAAUCAGGGCUGUACCGUAUCAAGUAGCCGUCGCGGGGACCGGAUCGCCGCGGCUCGGGGAGGAGCGGAGCAAAUCAUCUGUGGAAGGGUAAGGAUUCGGAGGCGGGAUCAGGAGCUGAGGGAACCUGUUCGAGGUGUCCUAGAGUCGUAGAGAUCGCGCUGAUAUUGGGAGAAAUCGCGGAGAGGCGGAAGCCGAGCAAUAGGACUACAAGAUGCCUCAACUGAGGACUGCCAGCAGGCCGGUGCUUGCCAGAAACUCUACUGGUGGCAUUUUUAUCAGGAGGAGGGUGGCAUCACCGGGAGGCGCCGUCAAGCCGCUGGCUCGACGGGUCCGAACACAUUUCAGCAACAAGGAGAAUGUGCCACCCGUGGGUGCAGCGAGGGCUAAACCAAAGAGGAGAAGCCCUCUACCUGACUGGUACCCAAGGAGCCCACUCCGUGACAUCACAUCAAUCGUAAAGGCUCUUGAGAAAAGAAAUCGCCUAGAGGAGGAUGCGGCUCGCCAACAUAUCCAAUGGAAUGAAGAUUCUCCACAGCCUGUGGAUCCAACAACUACAGUACAUGCAGAGCAUAGUGAUCCUGAUUCUCAAAGCACACAAACUCAAGAAACACUGGGUGUUGUUGCCUCUCCUGGCUCAACUUCAGCUGUUGCGAACAAUGUGACUUCUGUGGCUGAGGACAAGCAAGAGGCAUCUUCCUCUCCAUCGGACUGCUUGCAGAUGGCUCCAUCCAAGCCAAACGAUCCAUCUCCUGCUGAUCUGGAGAAGAAAAUGUCAAGUUCAAUAGAGCAGAUUGAAAAGAUGGUGAGGCGUCAUAUGAAGGAAACUCCAAAGGCUGCUCAGCCUUCCAAGUUAGUUGUCCAAAGGCGCAUACUGAUGUCCAUGCGAUGAGCUGAAGCCUUCUCUGGGCAUCAAUGGUUCUCAUAUCUGCUGCUUUCUUAGCCGCCAGUCAAAGGUUUGUCUAGGGACGGGGGUUCCUGGUUCUCUGCUUGAGGACCCUGUGGUAGGAGAGAUUUCUAGAUCACUGCUUGAGGGCAUGGUUAUCUGUUGAUACAACUUGUCAUGGUACGCUUACUGCACUACAACUUCAGUUGGCUUCACCAGAAAUGAACCACUGUUGUUCACGUCUUCUUGUUUGUGAAGUAUAAGAGUAUAAGACUUCACUGCGUAGUAGUAAGGCGUAUUGGAUACUUGUGGAAUAGAUAGAUAGAACAGGAGCGAGUUGUAACAGCUUGAGUUCUUCAGUUAAUAUAAUACUUCAAUUGGCCUUGCUUAUUGUUCC